GCCAUUGAAGCUUAAGCUCAAAAUCAGCAAAACAAUGCAAGUAGUAUCAAGAUGUCGUCUCUUCUCCAUUUUCCCCCAAAUUCUCAAUCUCCAUUCACUUCCCAAAAUCUCCAUUUCCCAAAACCCAAACCCAAAAACAAGAAAUACCCAUUUUUAUAUUCAUGCCAGUGCUUCAAGAACCUUCAAAUCUUCAUCAACUACUUCAAAUUCAGCUUCUAUAUUGGCCAAGAAAGUAUUGUUUAUGCCACCUGGAGUUGAACCUGAUGAUAUUACUGAAGAUAUGAUAUUACCUGGGUCAAAUAUUGUUGUUGGACCCUAUGCUGGUGAUGCUAAGAUUAAAGAGGUUGAGUUUGUAAAGAGUAGUACUAAGCCUAAGGAUUGUCCUAAAGAUGAAAGACCUGAAUUUGCUAUGUUGGGUCGGUCUAAUGUUGGGAAAUCAUCACUUAUUAAUUCUUUGGUUAAGAAAAAAGAAGUUGCUCUUACUUCUAAGAAACCAGGGAAGACUCAGCUGAUUAAUCAUUUUUUGGUGAACAAGAGUUGGUACAUUGUGGAUUUGCCUGGCUAUGGUUUUGCUAAUGCUUCUGAAGCUGCUAGAAUGGAUUGGUCUGCCUUUACAAAAGGCUACUUUUUAAAUCGAGAUAGCUUGGUGUCGGUUCUGCUUUUAAUUGAUGCUAGUGUACCCCCUCAGAAGAUUGACCUUGAUUGUGCUAAUUGGCUUGGACGCAAUAAGAUACCAAUAACGUUCGUUUUCACGAAGUGUGACAAAAUGAAGGGAGGGAAGGCAAAAAGGCCAGAUCAGAAUAUUAGAGAUUUCCACGAGCUUAUCAGGGAGAAUUAUAAGCAUCAACCUCCUUGGAUAAUGACUAGUAGUGUUUCUGGUUUGGGUAGGGACGAGCUACUCCUUCAUAUGUCACAGCUUCGGAACUAUUGGAACAACGAGUAGCUCAAGUAAAGCAUCAACUUUGUAUUGUAAGUAUGAUGAUGGCAUAAUUUGAGCUUAAACAAGCAGCGAGGAUUCAUAUAGCGGACCUCAACUUGUUUGGGACUGAGGCAUAGUUAAUGUAUGGAAGAGUUACUUACCUCCCUUGUCUGGUCAAAACAUAAAAAGGGUAUCCUUCAGGUGCAGAAUCUAAAUUUGGCUUUGUGCUCUCUGUUUCCCCAGAUUGACCUGAAUAUUGAUAUUUACUUGCCAGACUGGCCUAUUGCCAAUUCCAUUUGGAGGGUUAUGUUCUCUGUUUAUAUUUGUAUUCCCAUGUGUGGGACUCUUGACUCUUCUUUUGUCCUGAAUGAUCUGUUUCCAUUAUGAAUACAUCACAUUAUUGUAA